AUGGAGCCUGCAAAUCUCCACCACCAACAUCAGCUCCAGGAUCAUCAGCUUGUUGGGUCUUCUCCAUUAGCUACCCCAUCUUGCUAUGGAGGUGGAAGCACCCAUGAUUGGACCUCAAACAACAUCUUCAGUAUCAAUAACUUCAAUCCAAAUAUUAAUGGAGGUCUCAUCAACUCAAGAGAUCCAAGGCAGCUGGAAAAUCACAUUCUAAGCUCUUCUCAGAACAGUUGCAUGAAUCGAGACUUGGGCUUUCAGUGGGCUAGUUCAGCUACUACAGGGAGCUUCAACAGUCGCUCUAUGCAUGUUUUGGACUCAAACAUUAAUGAAGAGCUCUCAGAUUCUUACCCAAAAUUCAACGAAAUGACAAACAGCCCUUCAUCAAGCAUAGAAGAUUUACACUUACAUCCCACAAGUUCCAUAAAGAAUGAGCGAAGAGAUUUUAACGAUCUGAGUGAGAAACUCAUGCUUAGAACUCUCUCUUCUGGUUCUGCUUUCAAAAUUGAAGGGCUUCAACUUCCAACUCCAGAAUUCUACUCCAACCCACAAUUCUCUCCUAGUUUACAAAGCGCAUCCACAGCUUGCCGAGGGAUUUUCAGCCAGAUUCUUCCUACCAUUAAUAUUUCAAACUUGAAUCAAUCAUCUUCAGCAAUUUCAAGCUCUUCAGACAUGAACUUGCAAGUUCUGGAUCUCUUAACGUCUUCAAGGUUCAGUGGAAGUUUUAGCCAGCCCUCACACGAACACCUCGGCCUGUUUAAAGACAGUCCAUUCAAUGGUCUUGAUAUUAUGCACCAGUCAAGUCGCAGGCCAUCCAACAGCUCUAGUCAAGUGAUAUCAUCCUUGACUAAUGGAGUUACAGAAGCAAAAAGAAGCAGCAGUUUUUUGGAGCCAAAGGCUCCUCAAGCAGCACCAAAGAAAUCGAGAUUGGCAGCUUGCUGCCCACCCUUUAAGGUCAGAAAAGAGAAAUUAGGAGAUAGAAUUUCAGCUCUUCAGCAGUUAGUGGCACCUUUUGGCAAGACUGAUACAGCGUCCGUUCUAAUGGAGGCGAUUGGAUAUAUCAAAUUCCUUCAAAACCAGGUCGAGACGCUAAGUGUCCCAUACAUGAAUUCAUCAGGCAAGAACACCAGUUGUAGGUCAUUGCAAGGGGAGGAUGGAGAAGAAGAGUCGUGCCAUCGAGAUCUUAGAAGCCGAGGGCUCUGCCUGGUACCCUUGUCAUGCUUGUCUUACGUUACCGAUGGCGGUGGAGGUGUUUGGCCACCUCCUAACUUCGGUGGAAGCACUUGA